AUGGCCACCACCACCCCCUCUCGCAUCCCCCUCCCCCUCCUCUUCGCCGCCCUCCCCUUCCUCUUCGCCGCCCUCGCCGCGGCCCAGCCCCGCCCCUUCGGAGGACCCGUGCUCGCGUGUUCCUCCGCAGGGGCGCCGCCGGGGUACGCGCGGUACGUGUCCGACGCGACGGCGACGGCCGCGGAGGAGGAGUACGACUACAUCGUGGUGGGGGGCGGCGCGGCCGGGUGCCCGCUCGCCGCCACGCUCUCGGGCCCCGGCGGGGGCCGCGUGCUGCUGCUCGAGCGCGGCGGCGCGCCCGCCGAGUUCCCCGCGCUCGCCACCGCGGGGGGCUUCGUCAGGACGCUCGCGCUCGCCGACCCCUCCCCCGAGUCCGACGCGCCCGCGCAGGCCUUCAGCUCAGAGGACGGCAUCCCCAACGUGCGCGCCCGGGUGCUCGGCGGCGGAACCGCCAUCAACGCCGGCUUCUACUCCCGCGCCCACCCCGGCUGGUUCCACGGCCACGGGGAGGGCGCCGAGGUGCCGGAUUGGGACAUGCGGCUGGUGAAUGCGUCGUAUGAGUGGGUGGAGCAAGAGCUGACAUUCCAGCCGGAGGUGCACGGGUGGCAGGCCGCGGUGAGGGCCGCGCUGCUGGAAGCUAAUGUGACGCCAUGGAACGGCUUCACGGUGGAACAUGUCACUGGCACAAAGAUUGGUGCCACCACCUUUGAUGCAUCGGGACGCCGCCACAGUGCCGCGGACCUGCUGGCUUUCGCCCGCCCUGGCCGUCUCCAUGUCGCUGUCCGUGCUGCCGUUACACGCGUCAUAAUUAACCCUAUCGAUCCUGCUGCACGCCGUGGAAGGUCACGACCAGCAGUAGCAGCGGUCGGCGUCGUGUACCAGGACCGUCUUCUCCAGCAGCACCAUGCCCUGUUGCGUCCAGGUGGGGAGGUCAUACUUUCUGCAGGUGCACUAGGAAGUCCACAGCUGCUGCUUCUCAGUGGCGUUGGCCCUGCUAACGAUCUUACGUCCCUCGGCAUCCCUGUUUCUGCGGAUGUCCCUGAUGUUGGGAAGCACAUGUUCGACAACCCUCGCAAUGGCAUCUCCAUCAUCCCAUCAGUCCCCAUCGACCACUCCCUCAUCCAGGUGGUCGGCAUCCCUUCUGCCAAUGGCACUGCCUCCUACCUCGAGGCUGCGUCAUACAUUGUUCCCGUUUCUCCCAUGCUGCGCCCAGCCGGUCCUUUUAUCAGCCCGACUUCGCCACUCUAUGUCACCAUGGCAACCAUCAUGGAGAAGGUUCCUGGCCCAUUAUCCGAGGGCUCGCUCUGGCUAUCAUCGCCCAAUCCCACGGAGACCCCCUUAGUGCGCUUCAACUACUUCAGCCGCCCUGAGGAUCUAGCACAAUGCGUCGUGGGCGUGCGCCGUGUGGCACAGGUCCUCCAGAGCAGGACGAUGGACAUAUUCCGUUCGCCAGUUGGGCCGGCGAGCCAGAGCAGGAGAGGACGCGCUAGGAGGGACUUCAGGAUUGUUGGAGCGACCCUGCCACUCGACUGGAGCACAAACAACACGGCUGUGGCAGAUUUCUGCAGGCGGACCGUGGCCACGCUGUGGCAUUACCAUGGAGGGUGUGUAGUUGGCAGGGUCGUCGACAAGGAUUUCAGGGUCAUCAGCACGCAGUCUCUUCGCGUGGUGGAUGGGUCGACGUUCAGCGUGACUCCCGGGACGAAUCCUCAGGCCACGGUGAUGAUGAUGGGCAGGUACAUGGGGCUGAAGAUGAUCGCGGAGCGGCACAGCAGGAGGCAAGUGAACACAUCAUGGUCCAACGAACUGGAGGAGUAACCCUCUUCCAGUGCUUGUGAAACUGAUUCAACACCAAACAUUUCAGUGAUAUCCUAUGGAGCGUUGGAGUGCGCCGUAUUACUGCUCCUGCAUCCGGUGCAUUACUGCUACACUUUUUUUGCGAGCGAUAUACAACGUGUAUAUAUUGUACAGUGAUAGCAUAUGCACGAGGAAGGGGAUGGCAUGACAUGCUUGGAUAUCACAAUUUUUCAUAGCGAACAGCGUCUGCGGGUUACGAUGCUCUGCUGCGAUUAGUUAACUGACUAUAAUAUAUACACGGGGAUACGGCUAUGCUGAGAGUCUAUUGCUGGUGGAUGUUACUUGUACUCUGAUUUAACCUGAAUAAAGCGUUUUCCUAACAGAGGACUGCCGAA